AUGGCUUACAGAGAUACUAAGCACGUUGCCAUUAUCGGUUGUGGCACAAUCGGCCGCCAGGUUGCUCUAGUCUACGUUCAACACAACCGCACAGUGACUUUGUAUGAUACAAACGAAGACGUUGCGCAGGAUGCUCUGCACUGGAUUGAGUCACAGCUCAAUCAAAAAGCGGACCAGCCCAAUCAUGUGAAGAUCACCCGAGACCUAGAAGACGCCGUCGAGAAUGCGUGGAUGGUAAUCGAGUGCAUUGCCGAGGACAUCGAUGCCAAGAAGCAGUUGUUGAACACCUUGAGCUCUCUCUGCGCUUCGAACACAAUCAUCACGACAAAUUCAUCCUCGAUUCGCAGCAGUGCCCUGGUCGAAGGCAUCACAGCUGCGAGCCAACGUCGCAUUCUGAACGCUCAUUACUUCCCCCCAGCGCAGGGGCCUUUCGUCGAACUCAUGUCAUGCGGACAAACAAGCCCUGAUGUUAUCGAAUCUCUGACGCAGGAGCUCCGCGAGAUCGGGCGCCGUCCGGUGGUCUGCCAAGCCGACUCGACGGGGUUCAUCAUGAACCGUAUCUGGGCGGCGGUCAAGCGUGAGAUCAUGAUGGUGCUUGCGGAUGGCGCGGGAAGCCCGACGGAUAUUGAUGCGAUGCUCAAGCAGGCUAUGCAGGCCAAGUAUGGGCCCUGCGAGCUCAUGGAUCUUGUGGGCUUGCAGACAGUGUGCGACAUUGAGGAGAUUUAUCUAAAGGAACGAACGUACCUCCCGUCUUACGCACUGGCAUUCUUCCGAGAGAACUAUGUGGAGUCAGGCACUGGUAGGUUGCUGCCCCCGCCACGGGAAGAGGACGAGAAGCAGCGAGGCGGGUUAUGUCUCCGCGCAGCUACGAAUCCCCGGCCAAGCUGA